AUGCAGGCAGCACUUUGGACCCGCUGCCAGGCAGCCCGGGAAUCCCUCGCUGUUGGGACACAAGAGCCCUCCAGUCCUGCUUCCCAUAGAGGGAAGCGGGAACCAGGCAUGGCACCGUGGRGCACUGGACAGAGCACUGGCGAACGGACUCGGGAGCAGCACUUGUGCAUGUGCCUGAGGGCGUCCGUGUCUUUUAAAGAUUUCCUCCCCGAGGAUGAGCGGCUCUUUCCACACGCGCUGCCAAGCUCCAUCCUUCCCUCCCCGGCCGCGCGCGGCACUGGGCGUGUAGCAGGGCCCUAUUACUGUGCAGUUGAAGAUUUCCCACUGAGGCUGGGACUCACCAGUGAGGCUCAAGAGCGAGUUGGAGUGUCUGUGCUGGUCGAUCAGUCCCGUCUUUGCUGGAGAGGAAGGAAAGUAGCAGUCCUGAUCCUUCAAGGCAUCCCUUCUACUGUAGUGUAUGUAGAGCAAAUACCCCAUGGCAUUUAUAAUGUACUUAAUUGUUCUUGUUGUAAUGCAGCCUUUUUUAGAUCUAUUUUUCGGGUUCUGCCGCUGUUCCUUGUUCUGUCACCGGUGAAUUCGUCCAGUUGUUCAGUGAGAAACAAGACAGAAGAAAUCCGUGCGAARUAUGAGAAUGUACUGAUUCAUGACAUCAGUGAGCUGGUAAAUAUGUCUGCAGACUAUCGUGAUAGGUGCUGCAGGAAUAAAAAACACGAAAAUGCCAAAGUGUUCUUCUGUAAUGAUACUCAGGAAAURGAAUCACUACAGAGUAUGGCAUGCAACAUGCUUAAAUUCUUUAAUAAGCAAAAAAUCAACAAAGACUUUAGAUGGAAAGCCACAUCAGUCUCAUGUGGGACAUUAAACAUCCUUGAGUGCAAAUGUGAAAGACAUAGAAAAGAAAAGAUUUGCAUAUUGCUAAAUAGACAUAAUAAAGAAGACACAGUAUCAGCUGAACACUCAAAAAAGAAAUGUAACCAAGAAUUUUGUGAACUGAAAGAAAAUAUAUCUAGCCUUCGAUCCUGCUGGAAUAAAUUUGAAAAAAUAAUUUCCAGGUGAAUCCUGCUCUUUUCUUUAAAAGUGGCAUUACUUGGCAUCUUUGCAUUCUGUAUGCAUUCUGGAAGUAACUCUGCUCAUUCACAUAAACACUUCACGCCAGAAUUUUGAUGGAAAGCUACAGUACCUUGCUCCUGRAGACAGAAUAACUACAAACGGCUAAAAGAAGCUGCUGAAGGCCAAGAAGUGGAAAUAGAAAACACUCUUUGAAUGAAAGAAGUAAAGAGCAGGCCAAGUUCUACUUCAUGCUUUGGAAAUGACUCCAAACUUUCUUAUCUUUUGAGUAACUUUAUAGUACCAUAAUAUGAAAGCAUACUUUGGUGUCUACUGCUAUUAAAAACAUGUCUUAAAAACUUCUGACCAGACCAGGUAACAGUACGACAAAG